CCUAUUGGCGGGCGGUGAGGGCGGAGCGUGUUCCCCCGCGCGUGUGCCCCGGUGGUGCGAUCCGCCGUACGUGCCGGCUGCGCCGGGGCCGCGGGAGCCGCCAGCGCCAGACGGGCCGGGCCGGCGCUGGAGGAGCUCGACAGAGCCACACAGCCCAAACUCUUGGAACUGUCUCAAGGGAGACUUUCCCUGCUGCUCACCACCCUCCGUGCUGGAGCUCACAGGCCCCGCCAGCUCUUGUUUGCAGACCCAUAGGUGCAAGUGCCUCUGACUGCCAUGGGGGAGCCCAGCAUGGACCCAGCUGCCGACAGCAUUGCCCAGCAGGACUCUCUCUUCAGCAUGAUGGACGUGUUCCUCAUCUCCCUCAUCACUGGACUUUUUACCUACUGGUUCUUCUUCCGCAAGAAAAAGGAGGAAGUGCCUGACCUCCCCAAAAUGCAGGUGCAGACAGUAGUAGCUCCAGUGAGAGACAACAGCUUCAUCGAGAAGAUGAAGAAGACGGGCCGAAAUAUAGUGGUUUUCUACGGUUCCCAGACGGGCACAGCAGAGGAGUUUGCCAAUCGCCUCUCCAAAGAUGCCCAUCGCUAUGGCCUCCGGGGCAUGGCAGCAGAUCCAGAGGAGUAUGACCUGUCAGACCUGAGUCGCCUCUCUGAGAUCGACAAGUCCUUGGCUGUGUUUUGCAUGGCCACCUAUGGAGAGGGGGAUCCCACAGACAAUGCCCAGGAUUUCUACGACUGGCUGCAGGAGGCUGAUGCUGACCUGUCGGGUCUCCGCUUUGCAGUCUUUGGGCUGGGGAACAAGACUUAUGAGCACUUCAAUGCCAUGGGGAAGUACGUGGACAAGAGACUGGAGGAACUUGGAGCCCAGCGUAUCUUUGAGCUGGGGCUGGGAGAUGACGAUGGCAACCUGGAAGAAGACUUCAUCACCUGGAGAGAGCAGUUCUGGCCAGCAGUGUGUGAGCACUUCGGGGUGGAGGCUACAGGAGAAGAGUCCAGCAUCCGGCAGUACGAGCUGGUGGUGCACACAGACGUGAACAUGAACAAAGUCUACACGGGGGAGAUGGGCCGACUCAAGAGCUACGAGAACCAGAAGCCCCCGUUUGAUGCCAAGAACCCCUUCCUGGCCCAGGUUACGGAGAACCGCAAGCUGAACGAGGCGGGAGAGCGGCACUUUAUGCACCUGGAGCUGGAUAUCUCCAAUUCCAAAAUCAGGUACGAGUCCGGGGACCACGUGGCCGUGUACCCAGCCAACGACUCCUCCCUGGUGAACCAGAUUGGAGAGAUCCUGGGCACGGACCUGGACACUGUCAUGUCCCUAAACAACCUGGAUGAGGAAUCCAACAAGAAGCAUCCCUUCCCCUGCCCCACGUCGUACCGGACAGCCCUGACCUACUACCUGGACAUCACCAACCCUCCCCGCACCAACGUGCUCUACGAGCUGGCCCAGUACGCCACGGACGCCGGCGAGCAGGAGCGCCUCCGCAAAAUGGCCUCAUCUGCUGCUGAGGGCAAGGCGCUGUACCUGAGCUGGGUGGUGGAGGCCCGCAGGAACAUCCUGGCCAUCCUGCAGGACAUGCCCUCCCUGCGCCCCCCCAUCGACCACCUGUGCGAGCUCCUGCCCCGCUUGCAGGCCCGCUACUACUCCAUCGCCUCCUCCUCCAAGGUUCAUCCCAACUCCAUCCACAUCUGUGCCGUGACAGUGGAGUACGAGACCAAGACGGGCCGCCUGAACAAAGGGGUGGCCACCAGCUGGCUCAAGAGCAAGGUGCCUGAGCAGAACGGGAGCAGCUCCCUGGUGCCCAUGUACGUCCGCAAGUCGCAGUUCCGGCUGCCCUUCAAGCCCAGCACGCCUGUGAUCAUGAUCGGGCCGGGCACGGGCAUCGCCCCCUUCAUUGGCUUCAUCCAGGAGCGGGCGUGGCUGAAGCAGCAAGGCAAAGAGGUGGGCGAGACAGUGCUUUACUACGGCUGCCGCCGCGAGCACGAGGACUACCUGUACCGGGAGGAGCUGGCCCGCUUCCAGAAGGAGGGAGUCCUCACCCAGCUCAACGUGGCCUUCUCCAGGGAGCAGGCUGAGAAGGUUUAUGUCCAGCACUUACUGAAGAAGAACAAGGAAAACGUCUGGAAGCUGGUUAACGAGGGGAUGGCCCACAUCUAUGUGUGCGGCGACGCCCGGAACAUGGCCCGGGAUGUGCAGAACAUCUUCUACGAGAUCGUGUCCGAGUUCGGGAACAUGAGCCAGCCCCAGGCCGUGGACUAUGUAAAGAAACUGAUGACAAAGGGCCGCUACUCCCUGGAUGUGUGGAGCUAAGGGCGGGGCUGGCAGGGCCGGGGAGAGAACAGGUCCCCAGGCGUGGGCCAGGGGAGCUGGCAAGUGCCUGCUCGCCCACUGCUGCUGUGGGUGACGGUGGUGUCCCCAGCCCACGGCUACCCCAGUGUCACUCCCAACCUUUCCUGGGGCCUCAGCAGCCCCUCGGGGCAGGCUCUGGACUCAAGGGGUGGAAAGGGUUGAGAGGGGCAGGGGGGUAGCUCAGGCUGCUGCUGUCCAGGAGCUGCAGUGCCACCAGCACCCCGGGGUGCUCCCCAUGGCUCCGGCGUUUGCCUUGGGGCCAGGGACAUCAGGGACAUGGCUGCUGUGGGGCAGGAGGGAUGGACACGGCCAGGGAGUCCUUCCCUGAACAUGAGGUGUUGCCUUAUCCCGGGGCUGGAGCCCACCCUGGCCUGCAGGGACAGCAGAGGGGUGGAGGGGCUGUGCUCGGGCUGGGGUUCAGGCUUUGCCUCCCUGCUGCCAGCCCUGUUUGCCCAGCUCUGCCAUGUGGGGUGGCUCUGGGCACAGAGCUGUCCCACGGCCCCACCAGCACAUCCCGCUCCGUUCCCUCGCUCCAGCACCAGCGGGAAGCUCCUCUCCCUCUGGAAUACACCCGGGUUGGGAGGCGGGGUCUCAGCCCUGCUCGCCUCCUGGGGCCCGGCAGUUCCCCUGAGCCCAGCCCCUCCCUCACAUCAUGUACGGUCAUUUUUAAAAUACGGUUUUUAUUUUGAACAUCUUUGUGAUUUAGGCAUGGGGAAAAAAAAAAAAAAACCAACAGAAACCCCCAGACUUUCAGGCUGUCCAAUGAUUGUAAAUUAUUUAAAUACAUUUGCCCUUGGAAUAAAAAUACUGUGUUUGGA